ACGUCUAGUUGUGCAACAGCAAUAUAUAUUUAGUGUACCGUAUACAAUUAAUAUUUAGUGUACUGUGCAGUAUAUAAAAAAUAUGGAGGUUCUAUCUGAUAGCAUCAAUUAUUCAGACAGCGAAGAUGACGAUUGGUUCCCGAAGGCCACCAAACAGUCAGCAAUAAAUGAAGAAAUUUCAGAUGUUGAUUGCAAUGUUGAAAAUAGAGAGAGCGAGAUAGAGGAAGAAGAAGAAAGCAGCAGUGACAGCAAUAACGAAAGUCAAGUCGAAUCGUCAUCGUCCGCGAACACUUUUGUCACUAAAGAUGGAACUGUGUGGAAUAAAUUACCACCUGCUCAUCACCAGACUCCAUUGCACAACAUUGUUCGUCAAAGAAGUGGCGCACACUGAUUAACAGAAACAAUGUCUGUUUAUGACACAUUUAAAUGUAUAUUGUCUAAUGAAAUGAUUGACAUUGUUCUAAGACACACGAAUAAGAAGGCAAGAAAAGUUUAUGAGGCGUAUAAUACCAAU